GUUGAUUUUAAGUCAAGAGUCGUCAGUCACUGAGUGUGAAGAGUCGCAGAUAGAACGCAGUUUAUCCACCCCUGUAAGCUAUCCCUCUCUCCUCUCCAUACCCAGGCCGCCACCAUGCAGUUCUUUGGGAGAAUCAUGGACACAGUGUCCGCCGUGUCCAACCUCUUCUCCAACCCGUACCGGGUCAGGGAAGUGCAGCUGUCCGAGUACAGUGUAGGGGGGAAAGUCCGGCUGAGGGAGGAGGGUCGCAUGGUGCUGUACAAGAACACCACCUGCCAGAGCUGGGACUGCCUGCUUAUGUGCCCUGACACACCCAGCACGGCCAUGAGGUUGUUCCAGGUCAGUUCUGAGGCAGAUGCCCUGAACUGGUUCCCCCAGUAUGCCCUCAAGCUCCGCCCCUUCUACGAAACCCUACCCCUUCCAAAGCCAGAGGUGAUCCAGCCAAUCGUAGACUGCCUCCGCAACCACCCCGACUGGAGCUCCGCCCACAUUGCUGUGGAUACUGGCCUGAAGGAAUGCCUGAAGCACAACUAUGUCCAAAGCCAGAUAAAUGCACGGGAUGGCUUGGGUCAGACCCCGUUGCACCUGGCGUGUGAGCGGGGAGACGUGGGCUGCGUGCGGGCCCUGCUGGAGGAGUGCCAGGCUCGCACAGACGUCAAGGACAAGAAUGGAGAGACUCCAAUGCACAGCGCCGCCAAGCAAGACUCUCCUAUCAUUAUACAGGCUCUGUGUAGUAGGAUGUGUGCUGGGGUGAAUGAGCUGAAUGGUGCCGGGGAGACGCCCCUGCACGUGGCCUGUCGUCUCGGGAAGGUGGAGGCGGUCAAUGCCCUCCUCGGGGGCGGGGCUCGCUGUGACAUUAUCGGGGGGAGAGGCUACGCCAUCCACGCCGCAAUGAAGUACAGCGAGAAGGGUUGUUGUGAGGCUGUCCUGAAUGCAGACCCCGCACAGCUCCAAGCAGAAGACGCCCUGUACGGAGGAACCCCUCUGCACUGGUGUAAGACCGCAGAGAUGUGUCUCAUGCUGCUGGAGAGAGGUUGCUCUGUGAACUAUCUUAGUAAGACAGGCGAGAGUCCACUUCAUGUCCUGACCAAGAGGGGGCGCUUCGAGGCCUCCAUGGUGCUGCUCACCCACGGUGCCGAGCCCAACCUCAAGGGGCAGGGUGGGAACACCGCCCUGCACCUCGCCAUGAAGAUGGACCACAUGGAACUGAUCAAGGCUCUGAUCGUCUUUGGGGCUGACGUGGAGAUUUACAACGACCUGGGCGAGACCCCAGGGCUCUUGGCGGCACGCUCUAGUAAAGGCUCCAAUAGAAAGGUGCUACUGGACAUGCUGUGUAGUGUAGGGGUACAGCGGUGCGCUCCGCCCCUCUCCCCCCUCGAUCUCCAUUCUCCCUCCACCCCCAAGAAGGUUGCUUCGUCUCCAGGCAUAGGGUUUGAGGACAUGGUACAUGUGGCGGCGGCGGUGGGAGCGAUGAGUUAUGGCCUGGUAGAAAUUGACUCAGUCAAAACAGGAAGCAACAAAGUAGACAGACUGCUGUGCCUGGACGGUGGAGGCAUUAAAGGCUUGGUUCUGAUCCAGCUGCUGAUAGCCCUGGAGAAAGAGGCAGGCAGGCCCAUUAAGGAGCUCUUUGACUGGGUGUCUGGGACCAGCACAGGGGGUAUACUGGCCCUGGCCAUCGUCCAUGGUAAGAAUAUGGAGUACCUGCGCUGCCUUUACUUCCGUAUGAAGGAGCAGGUUUUCCAGGGGUCGCGACCCUAUGAGUCAGCCCCCCUGGAGGACUUCCUGAAGAAGGAGUUUGGAGAGGACACCAGGAUGACAGAUGUUCGUCAUCCCAGAGUGAUGGUGACCAGCGUGUUAGCAGACAGACAUCCAGGAGAGCUGCAUCUCUUCAGGAAUUAUGACCCCCCCUCCCUUCCCCGAGAUCCGUCCUACACCGCCACAGCCUCCUUCAAGCCUCUGACCAUACCACAAGAGCAGGUUGUAUGGAGAGCCGCCCGCUCCAGUGGUGCCGCCCCCACCUACUUUCGACCAAUGGGGCGGUUUCUAGAUGGAGGGCUGCUAGCCAAUAACCCUACGUUGGAUGCCAUGACGGAAAUCCACCAAUACAACAAGGCCCUGAAAGCUGAGGGCCGUGGGUCAGAGGUGCGGCGUCUCGGGGUGGUUGUCUCUUUAGGGACAGGUAAACCUCCUCAGGUGGUGGUCAAUUCGGUGGAUGUGUUUAGGCCCUCCAACCCUCUGGAACUGGCCAAGAGCUUCGUGGGAGCCAAGGAACUUGGCAAGAUGCUUGUGGACUGCUGUACCGACUCAGACGGUUGUGCCGUGGACCGCGCCAGAGCUUGGUGUGAGAUGGCCGACAUCAUCUACAACAGACUGAGCCCUCAGCUCUCCCAGGAGGUGAUGCUGGAUGAGGUGAGUGACUCCGUGCUGGUGGACAUGAUGUGGGAGACUCAGAUGUACCUGUACGAGCAGAGGGAGAACGUGAAACUCCUGGCACAGCAACUACUCAGCAACUGCUGAAGGAGGGGGGGGAGGGGAGGGAGGUGAGGUGAUGUGCUGGAGCCGGAUGGAUCUCUAGAUUUGGGGAGAACGGCCGGCAGAGAGACACCAGGCUGUUACAGAAUGACAGUCCGCUGAAGGUUUGACUGAAAAGGGAGUGAUGGGAUGAGGUAGGAGAAACCUGCUAACUCUUUCACUCCUCACGGUAGACUGGAGAAUGUGAGGAAAAAAAGCUGCUUUUGGAAAUGCAAAGUAAAGAAGGAAAGAAACAUAUAUAAAUUAUGAUUCAGCUUUGCAGUUACUGAAACCAAGUAUCAAAUCAUUUUGUACCUAAAAAGACUGACAGGCUGAAAAAAGCUCCCAAAGAAAAUGCUAGCUGUUAGCGCUCAUUCUAUCAGUACCUCUGACAGGCUGAGCUGAUCCCUCAAGAUAACCAUAAUGACACAUUUACAUCAUAUUAGUCACUGUCUUGUAGCACGUUCGAACACAUAGAAUCAGUAAAUGUCUGUGAUUAUGCUUUGCGGCAGAUAUAGAAUCCAUAGAAUGGACAUAACACCAUUGACAUUGAUGAGGCCAUUUGUUUCUCCCAACAAGGGGCACCAUAAUGUGACUGUAUCUCAUUCUGUGUUCAUAACGUCUCAUACAUUAUUAAUUGUAACCAGAAUAGCACUGGAAAAUAGCAAUUAAAAUGCCCCUUCAACUGGUGAUUGCUAAUGCAAGUCGUUUAUCAUCUGAUCUGCCACCUACUGAACUUGGACAGCACUUUUUGCAGUUAAAAGCAACAAGAAAUAAAAAUAUUUGUUUUCUGGUGAAAUUUGUUCUGCAGUUUUGCUCGCUGUACUGUUUGACUGACACAGCUAGAUUGCCAUGGGCCAGUCAGCCUGGUCAAUGCAUGUGAAGCUAGACAAGUUUUUUUUUUUUUUUU